AUAAUUACAAUUCUAUUAUAUCUACUAAUAAUAAUCUUACUAAUUAGUUUAGCCUUAAUUAUUGUUUUAAAUUUAGUUUCAAAAAAAACUUUUUCUGACCGAGAAAAAAGAUCCCCUUUUGAAUGUGGAUUUGAUCCUAAAAAUUCAGCUCGGUUACCUUUUUCUUUACAUUUUUUCUUAAUUGCUAUUAUUUUUUUAAUUUUUGAUGUAGAAAUUACCCUUCUUCUUCCAAUAAUUCUUUCUAUAAAAAUUUCUAAUUUAAUUAAUUUUAGUAUUAUAUCAAUUUCCUUUAUCUUAAUUCUUUUAAUUGGGUUAUACCAUGAAUGAAACCAAGGAGCUUUAAAUUGAACCUUCUAG